AGCAGAGAAAGAGUGGUGUGGAAAUAAAGUCAAAUCCCUGUUGAAGCAUUGAACAAAGAAGAAUCCCACAUUUUGUGUCUUCAUAUUAUUCAUUUUUUUCCUCUCUGCAAAACAAAACAAACACACACACACUCAUAACUCAUAACUCAUAACUCAUAACUCAUAACCAACCUUCCUUCUAUAGUUUCCAUCUUCAUCUCCUCUUUCCAUUUUUUCCUCCAAGAUCAUAUUUUUCUUUGACCCUUUUCCCCUUUUUGUAUAAUACCCUUCUCUCCCAACUCCCCCUUCAACUAAAUUCCAUGCUUCACUGUCCCAGAUCGUAGAUCUCGCUGUCGGUGGUUGAUCGGAGUAGAUGUCGCCGUCAAACGCCUUGCACAACGGCGGCGGCGGUGGUGGGAAUGGGAUGAGUUAUAUCAAGCACCAGGUUUCAAAACUGGACACUCUUGCUGGUGUGGCCAUCAAGUAUGGUGUUGAGGUAGCUGACAUUAAAAGGAUGAAUGGGUUAGCCUCAGAUCUUCAAAUGUUUGCACUGAAGACAUUGAAAAUUCCAUUACCAGGACGACAUCCUCCAUCUUCACCUCCUAGUCAGCCUGAUGAAGACCCUGCCAAGUUGAGAGAGAAUGGAAAUCAUAGGAGAUUCCCUCGCCUGGGUCAAUCUGCCAUGAAGGAACCUCUCCAGAACUUCAGACUGAAAGCACCUCAACCAAAGCUUUCCCCAGCUAUGUCCAUUUUACAGAAAUACUAUGGACUCCAGUCUUCAAGUUCAAGAGAAAUAUCUGAAGAAACCGAAAUGGCAAUGUACAGAUCUUCUAGUUCAGAUCAUUCCAGUGAGGAAUGGCUUCCUAAAGCCUCACCAAUUUCAGACCUGCCAACAAACCAUAACCCCAAGUCAACAAAUUUAGUGUUUGAUUUACUGACUGGAUAUGAUGACAUGCCUGAGUAUGUGCCUUUUGCUGAAAUGGGGGAUGGCGGAGGUGAGAAGUCUGAUGAGAAAUCUGUCCGCAGACGUCAGAAAGCUGAAGUUGAUAAUGGAAAUACUACACCAGAAAGAGGCAACAGUGGUGGAUCUAAUGGUUCUUCAACUGGAAAAGCAAUAUCCAUGAGGCCAAAAUCAGCUAGUCGAGCGACGCUGCUCCCCGAGUCAGAAUCAGGAUGGUUAGACUCCAUUCCAAUGGGGUUGGGAGACUCUAUAUUUACUGAUAGACUUUCUGGAGUUCGCAAAUCAUCAAGCGCGUCAAGCCUCAGAGAGCAGGAAAAGAACAAUUCAGCAACAGGCUGGCCACCUGCAAGAUGGAGUUUGAAACCAGACUUGCAAGCAGCCAUUUCCAAACCUAUCUUCGAUGGCUUACCGAUCCCGAUAAGUGGCCGCAGAAGUAAAGCUGCACUUGAUUAGUGCAAAACUGCGAAAUGAUUUCUUUUGGCGCAAAUUAUUUUUUGACAUUACACAAACAUAAAUUGCAACAAGAUACAAAUCUUUUGGUUUAGUAAGCCUAAGAAAAGGGAGUGAACUGUGAAGAAAAGAAAGAAAUUACAGGAUUAGGAUAUUUAUUCCGGGCAUAGAAUAACAGAAGGGUUGAUUGCCUCUCAAAAGGAAAAGCUGCAGCAGCAAGCAACUGAGGAAUAGGUGUAUGAAAAAGGUCUGCAACUGGUUGUUAAAUGAUAGUAUCAUUUGUUAAAUGACUGAGUCAAGUGAAAGUCAUUCUGUUCAGCGGUUAAAUGUAUCAUGUCAUUAAUAUUUAAUACAUUGUGUAAGUAUCUAUGAUUUAUUUUUUCCUUGAGAGCCCCUUA